CAGCGUCUGGAUACCAUGGAAGUCUGAUAGCAAAGCAAGUCAGGUUGACAAGAAUAUAUUCUGUUAUAUUGUCUAUGUCAUUUCAUUUGUAUAUAAUUUAAAUUUAUAGAGAAUGGAGAGACGAGUUUUUAUAACUACGAGUUUUUAACCGUCGCUUGUGAAACAAGUUUAGCUGUGAGCUGUUCGCCUGAAACGGAAAAGAUUUGAGCCGAAAGCAAAAAACUUCGAUAUUUUCCACCAUGUUCAAGUUCAGCUUCAGAAGGGACAAAGACAAAGAGUUUAGGCAUAUAGCUCAUGGUUUGGUCCCCGCUGCCUCCAUUGCUCCCAAGCCCGCUGUGCCUCGUACCCCACCCCCCCGCAGCCCAGACCCCUCACCUGAGAGACCCAGAUCGGCCUUAGCAGCAGCCAUCUUGUCUUCUUCGCUGACUGGACAGACGUUUGCUGUCCCUCCUGUCAGAGUUAGGUCUUUCUCCGACAGUGACCAGUCACAGUCCUUCACAUCUGAACUAAACAUCAACAGAGACAGAUGGUCAGAGGAUUUGGCCAGCCAGCCUCACCUGUUCUCCACUGACCAAUCUGAAGAGGAGUUGCAAGACAAAGACGAGGAGGAGGUGGAGGACAACGAGGAAGAGGAGGGAGAGGAGCAUGUCUACCAAACUCUGGACAGACGUCAGGAGUGUACAAUUAUUGAGCCCAUCUAUGCACUGCCCCUAAAACCAAAGACAAGUCCGCCCCUGCUGAACCAGACGUCUCCAUCUGAUAGAAGAAUGCCUUCACCAGACUUCAAAGAGGAGGCCAGACUCCGCUCUCCUAAAGCCCGUCAUGGCUCCUCGAAGAAGAAAGAGAGCAGGCAGAACACUGGGAGUUGGACAGAGGACGUGUCAGCCUCUGUUCAUCCCUCCCCUGGCCCAUGCCACGCUGUUCGUACUGCAGGGUUGGCUCCCACACCCAACCCACUCGCUCCAACUAACCAAGAACCCUGCAACAACCCCACCCACCCUGCCAGCCCAGACCAACCCACCACUCACCUGUUCCCAGGGGCCCACAAGGAGGUGCAAAAAGAGGUAAAGAAGGAGGUGGUCCGGGCACUGAUGGAGCACAAGGCUGGCCUGGCAGAGGAACGCAGGCUCCUGGAGGACAGACUGCAGCGCCUGGAGCAGGAGCUCAGCCACGACCAGGCCUCCUCCAGCAGGAGGCACUCUGCAGAUGUCCAGGCAGAGACACAGACUCAAAGGCAACAAAUGCAGAAGCUAGUGGACGAAAAUGAUGCCCUGAAAUUGACAGUUCACCGUCUGAAUGUGGAGCUGAGCCGCUACCAGGCCAAGUUCAGACCACUGUCCAAACAAGAGAGCUCCAGAAUCAAUAGCCUACCAAUGACUGGACCACCUCCUCCCUGGCUCCUGGACAUGAAAUAUUUGUCUCCUCUGCUGCUGGCCUAUGAAGACAGGAUGAAUGAGAAGGAUGCUCUUCUGCAGGCUGUUGAGGAGGAGAUGAAGAAGUUACGUUUUCGUGUGGAGGAGGUUGUCAAAGAAAAUGAGCGACUAAAUGAUGAAAUAGCAAAGAGUGGAGGAGUCAGCCCAAAGGAUUGUCACCAGCUGCAGCAGCAGGCCAUUCUGGUUCUGCAGGAGAACCAGGUUCUGAUUGAUCAGCUGGAGGUUCAGCAUGUCAAAGCCAAGGCCAGCUACAACCGACACCACUCUGAAGUAUCCAAGGUGUCCAAGAAGUUAAUGCUGUUAGAGGAGGAAAAGCAGCAUUUGCAGGAGGAGCUGGAGGAGAUAAGGAGGGAGGCACAGGUAAACCAGAGGGAACUACAGGAAAAGAUCAAGGAGGUGCAGGGGCUGCAGGCUCGCCUGAAGGACGCUGUCACCUGGGAUGAACACAACAGCAUCAUCAGCAAACUCAGAUGGCAGCUGGAGCAGGAGGAGGCCAGGAAGAGGAGCGAGGUGGAGGAGCUGCUGCUCAAAGUGUCCACUCUGCAGAAGGAGAACAAGAGUUUAGCUCUGCAGAAAACAAACCUGACUGUGGACAUCGAGAGAAUGGAGGCAGACUUGGAGCUGGGCAGACAGGCUAACAGGAAGACUGAGAGGAGGAUGACUGUGUUGAAACGACAGAAGGAGGAGUAUGUCUUGAAGGAGGUGAAGGCUCGGCAUUACCUGGGAGCCGUCAUGUCUGUGGCUGAGCAAAUAUCCAAGGAGAGAGACCAGCUAAUUCACAUGGCCUCUGUCCUCCAGCAGGACAAGCAAAAAUUCAUCGGCACAAUCCUGGAAGGCACCGUUCGCUUCAGAAAACUCCAGGAAGAUGUCAAAGUGUACCGCAGGCAGGCGUCGGCCAGACUGGCGGCGUUGCAGGAGGCAGCAGAGGGGAAGACGGCUUCUCACCGGAGGGAGGUCCUUCACCUGCAGAGGCUGCUGGGAGAAAGACAAGAGGCUGAGGAGAGACUGCUGCAGUACAAACGGGAGGUAGAGGAAGAGCUGGAGGUGGUGUGGCAGGCAGCGACCAGGGAGAACCGGCAGAUGAGAGAGACUCUGUUGGACUGCACUCUCAUUGGAGAGCUUCGGGGCCAGGCCGUGCUCUGCAGAGCCGCCACUGGCUCCUCUCAAGCACUAGAUGAGAUGACUAGCUCCGUUCAGCCUCGACCAAACAGCCCCGGGUUUCCUAUCCAGAAUCUCUCUACCGCUCCCGGCCUCCAGAGAAGCUCGAUAUUUGAAUCCGACUUAUCUUACCAUCAGAACAACUCGCUGGAUGAGAGGCGGAAACAUGGGCUGGAUUUCUACUGCUAAAGCACUCCCUGUCCCCUCAUGCUGGCAUCUGUAUAUAAACCAAAAUGCCUCUGCCAAGCUUGAUUUUGCUUCACAGAAUCAAACCAUUUUAAGCCUGUACACCAGUCUGUGUAUGCAGCUAGCAUCAGUAUUUAACUACACUCUAAUCAUCUAUACAAAUCUCUGCAAUUUUCUUUCCUGACAGGAUUUGCAGUAAGAACAUAUAAAAAAAAAAACAAUGAAAGAAAUUGAAUUCAUAAAAAUGCAUACAAUACAACAGUGACGUUUAGGCCUCAGCAUAGACCUUUUCUUACAUUGGUUUGCAUAGUGAGACACAUGGUAGUCUUUGUUUUCCACAGUCCCUCUCAGGUCUGCCUUGCGCUCAGUUUUGGCCACUCAAAGCAACUCUUUCACAUGUGUGUCCAUAAGAACAGAGCGCUGUUUUGACUUCACUUGUUUUGGUGUAGAAAAAAAAAAUAAUUUCACAGAUAUACGUUGGUCCAAGCAAGCAUUGACAUUAGUUUGAGUGCAGCCUGUUUGACAUUGAGAUGUCUCUCUGUUGGCCGGGCCAUCGGUCCUGUCUAUCAACAGCACAAAGUCGGGCAGCUCUUCCUUAACUGUGCAGUCUUUUGGCAUGGACCGUACAAAUAAUGCCAACUGUGGCUUAUCUGGAACAUCACAAAAGUCAUUCAAAGCAAUGCUGACACACCAGCGUUUCUCAAGAUCAGUAUAGAGCUGUGUUUUAAUUGAGUUGUUCUCUGUUCAGUGGUGUGCCAUGACAGCUGCAGGUGUUACACAGAACGCUUCACGUUGUCAUUUUCAGGAGUGAGGACAGAAACAUCUGUCUGGCACGUCUUUGCAAAUUCCCGUUCAUUUUAUGGUUUUUUAGCAUGAGUGCUUCACAAAAAAGUCUGAUUCUCUGACUGACAUUUCAAGUUCCUGUCUAGAUGGUAACCCUGUUCUUGCAAAUGUAGGUUUGAAAUCUCACGAGUGCAGUUAGGGCUAGGGUUAAGGUUGGGGUUAGGAUUAGGGCAGAGCAAAGCCCCAAUGAGCUGAAUCAAGAGCGCAUGUGCAAGAAAGCAUGAGAGUUUUGCAAAUCUAGGGUUACCAUCUAGACACAACCACGUUUCAACGCGUUUACCUUGUGUUUGUGAAGUUCAGCAUCUUUGGGAAACUCCUGGGCCAUGUUAACAUGGAGUGAGGUGAAAUGGCAGCACCAGGUUUGAAGCUGUAAAAUGUGACAGUGAAGUCUGGCAUAUCAAGCAAAAGGGUUUCCCAUUUUGAUCCACAAAGAAGUAAAAAUCCCCCCAUUCAGGUCAGAAUAUCCUGCUCUCGUCUUCAUAUUUGUGCUAACUUUAUGUUUUCCUGCCUCUGACAUGGCUUGGGCUAGAGUGGCUAUAUGUAUGACACAUGUCAAAUGUACUGGCAGUAUUGUCCAAAAUUCAAAUGCAUGUUGAUUUAUCAGAAAUAUAUUUUAAAAUGUA